GACGCCAUUCCUAUUGGUUAAGUGGGAACGUGAUGACACGGAGGAGUCGCGCUUCCACUUUAUAAAGCUUCUCUGUCCAGCGAGCCGCUGAUAAAAAGUCGGCUGUAGCAAGAAGUUGAGAUUCUACGAUUCACGCACUGGAAAACGCGAGUACCCGAGAUUAAGCUCCAUCAUGAGUGAGAGACAAGGAUCAGGAGCCGCGGCUAGCAACAACCAGACCUCUGGAGCACAAGACGCUUCCAAGAAGGACGUCCCCGCCGAGGACUUUGACAUCGACAUGGGGGCCCCGGAGACCGAGAAGGCGGCGGUGGCCAUCCAGUCCCAGUUCAGGAAGUUCCAGAAGAAGAAGCAGGACGACAAGUCCUAGUGGUCGCCCCAGGAGGAUGGCGCCUCCGGUGGGCGGGGGGCGGCGGCGCCGGGGGGGGUGUGGUGUCAUGGCGACCCAGUGGCAUUUGCAUGUGAAAAAUGAAAAAAAUCAUACCUGUUUUGAACUCCAGGGGGCGGUGUGGGUGGGCGAGCGCUGGUGGCACAGGUGGAGGGGUGGGGGGCGGGGAAAUGCAAGGCAAAAUAGCCUGUCAUUCAUAUGACAUGUAUGUGAAUUCCAUAACGUACCACCUUAUUAUUAUUACUCUUAUUAUCAUUAGGAUUUCAUUGCAGUACCAAUAUCGAAGAAGGAAAGGAAGGAAGGACUCAUGACAAUCUGUUUUAUUUUUCCUGUCCCGCCAUAUUUGUUCCUGUGACAAUAGCGUUAGCUCGUGUUGGUGUUCUCUUUUUUUAAAACUAUGAUUUAUUUAUUUAUUUAUUAUUCUGACUCCUCGUGGUUAACCCCAGCCUCACCGCUGCAUCUCCCUCAGCAUCUUACUCUGUGUGCUUCUCAGGUUGGAGGUCCCCCCCCGGUAGGGCUCGGUAGGGCAGUUCGUGUUACGCGUCGGUGCGGGUGAGGGGGUAACAGUGCGAGCAUCCUUUUGGGGGAAAACCUGGCCUUUAGCAUUCCAUUCAGAACACAACAGUUCACCUCCAGGCAUCUUACUGUUUUCUUUCUUUUUUUUUUUUAUCCACAUGGUACCAUGGAGCUAUGAUCUACCGCUGAAAUGAUGUAUCUUGAAUAAAUAAAGACGUCUGUGUGAACCAUGUGUAUA